CUUCACUCAUAAGCAGAACUGACAGAAGGUACAAGGACUGAAAGACAGGGAUCUUCUGUAGGACAUACCUGCCUCUGGAUUCACAACUGAAUUGCAAAUCUCUAACAACUUGGGGGAGUUUAGACCAGACUCGUUGGACAUACCUCAUCCCAUGGCAAAUGAGAGACUGGUUCAGCCCCAGACUGCCAGCCUGCUACUUUGGUCUUCUUGAACUACAGGGAAGUAUGUUUGCUUGCAAAACACAUUCAGCUCUAAUUCAGAUAAAGCUGAUGGAGUUGUGGAGGCUACCUGUCUUCUGCUGCUCUGUUGCUGAUCCAUCGUCUCAGUUGCCAUAGAGACAAGAUCUGGAAGCCAUGGAUGGGCACCGGAGAGAAGCCGCUGGCAGGCUCUCCACUGGUGGGCUCCAGCAGGGCCUUUCUCAGCAGGUACUGAGAAAGUUAAGUUCAGUCUCUGAAGGUGAGGAAGAGUCAGAAGGUGCUAACCCAGCGACCCACGAGAAGGACUCGCACACACACUACAUUGCCAUUCAAAGAAAUUCCAGGUACUACCGGUCCAUGAGGCUGCCAAGCAGAGAGAAAAGAAAGACUUCGAGAGAGGCAAUGCACAUGGGGCGUGCUACAGGUUCACUCAAAAACAAUGAACCCGUCAAAGAGCCUCUGAAUGUUUUAUCUCAUAAGGGAUCGCCAUCUCCAGUAAACUCUGAUAAGACAACUUUAGAUGAACUGUGGCUCCAAAGGCUGCUGCCUUCCUACCCCCGUUACCGUGGCAACCGCCCGGGCUCCCCCAGCCCCGCGCCGCUGCCGCCGCCGCCGCUGCCGCCGCCGGAGCUCCUCGGCAGCCGCCUGCCGCCGCCGGCCAUGGAGCUGCUGGCCGCGGCACUCAGCGCCGCCUGCGCCCUCGACCAGGACGGCUCGGCGGGACAGCCCGGCAGGGAGCCCCCCGCGGCCGCUGAGGAGAGCCCCGCCACCGCCGAGGCGCCGCCGCCCGCCCACCCUAUGACGGCCGAUUCCUGGAGGAACCUCAUCGAGCACAUCGGGCUCUUAUAUCAGGAAUAUCGAGAUAAGUCGACACGCCAGGAGAUUGAAACCAGACGACUACAGGAUUCACAGACAGACCCUGAGGAGAGUUCACCCAGUGAGGAAACCCCAUCUGAAGCAGAACCUACAAGUACAACCGAAAACAAAGCUCCACCACAGAUCAGUUUGCUGAGGAACUCCAACUCCAGGUUCAACUUAUGGCAGGAUCUUCCUGAGAUCCGGAGCAGCGGGGUCCUCAGCAUCCUCCAGCCAGAUGAGAUCAAGCUGCAGGAGGCCAUGUUUGAACUGGUUACUUCCGAAGCCUCAUAUUACAAGAGUCUGAAUCUGCUGGUGUCUCACUUCAUGGAGAACGAACGUCUGAAAAAGAUCUUACACCAGUCUGAGGCACAUAUCCUCUUCUCCAAUGUCCUGGAUGUCAUGGCUGUUAGCGAGCGCUUCCUGCUGGACCUUGAGCAACGGGUGGAGGAGAAUAUUGUGAUCUCAGAUGUAUGCGAUAUUGUCUACCAGCAUACGAUUAAUCACUUCUCUGUGUACAUCACCUACGUCUCCAACCAGACCUACCAGGAGAGAGCUUACAAGCAGCUUCUCCAGGAGAAGCCAGCUUUCCGGGAACUGAUCUCACAGCUGGAGCUGGAUCCCAAGUGCAAAGGCCUGUCCUUUUCUUCCUUCCUAAUUCUGCCGUUUCAAAGGAUCACUCGGCUCAAACUGCUGGUGCAGAAUAUUUUGAAGAAAGUGGAAGAGAAGUCUGACAGGGAAACCACUGCCCUGGACGCACAUAAAGAACUGGAAACAGUGGUGAAAGCAUGUAAUGAAGGUGUCAGGAAGAUGAGCCGAACAGAGCAGAUGAUCAGCAUCCAGAAGAAAUUGGAAUUCAAGAUCAAGUCUGUGCCCAUCAUCUCUCACUCCCGCUGGCUGCUGAAGCAAGGGGAACUGCAGCAAAUGAAUGGUCCAAAGACAUCACGAACGCUUCGCACCAAGAAACUCUUCAGAGAAAUCUACUUGUUCCUUUUCAAUGAUCUGCUGGUAAUUUGCCGGCAAAUUCCUGGGGACAAGUACCAAGUGUUUGACUCGGCUCCCCGGGGGCUUCUUCGGGUAGAGGAGUUAGAAGACCAGGGGCAGAGUUUGGCCAACGUCUUUAUCUUGAGACUGCUGGAGAACGCAGAUGACCGGGAGGCCAGCUACAUGCUGAAGGCAUCGUCCCAGAGUGAAAUGAAGCGCUGGAUGAUUUCACUGGCCCCGAACCGGAGAACCAAAUUCGUUUCAUUUACAUCCAGACUUGUUGACUGCCCGCAGAUCCAGUGUGUCCACCCGUAUGUGGCCCAGCAGCCAGACGAGCUGUCCUUAGAGCUGGCUGAUGUCCUCAACAUCCUGGACAAGACAGACGACGGCUGGAUAUUUGGGGAGCGUCUUCACGACCAGGAGAGGGGCUGGUUCCCCAGUUCUAUGGGGGAGGAGAUCCUGAACCCCAAAAUCCGAGCCCAGAACUUGAAGGAGUGUUUCCGGGUGCACAAGUCGGAUGACAGUCAGCGGAGGAAACUGGGCAGCAGAAACCGCCAAUGACCACUGGUGUCCCCGAGCAUCUGGAGUGCUUCUGGGAGAGGGGCAGAGGACAGAGGCUGCCAGCUGGGAGGAUGUGGCGGUGGUGCUGUAGGCCAUGGUGCAGGACCUGGUGUGCCAGACCGGGCACACGCACCCCUGAACAAACAGAAUGUAGCUCCUGGGCUCCCUGCCACUCUUCCCGUGGCACUGAUCCUUCCCUGGAGAUCAGUGCUUCGAACUGGCUAAAAUAACCCCUUUCCAGGUGUUCUGUAAAGCCCUAAAGAGCACGAGCCAAAUGGACACAGCCCGAAGGCCGCUGGGUGCUGGCCAGCUGACCCCCAUUCCCUGCACACAUGCUGGCUUGGUCUGGGUCAGGCUGCUUGGGAAAGGCACGUGGCCACAAACGUAACUAAGCAAUUAAUGUCACCCAGUUUGAGCACUUACAGCUCAUUGCUGCCUGGCGAGUUUGGGGACCUCCUAAAACCAUUUCAGUUUCUACCCCUGUAAGAUGCAGAGGAGCUGUCUCGUUGACUCUCAUGCGCCCUGUUGGCACAAGGCUGGGACAAACCCCAGGAACUCCACCUCCCCCGUCCUGCUUCCAGGAUCUUCCCCCGAUCUGCUUCCAGUCAAAGGCUCCGAAAUGCUCCAUACCCCACCCCACUCCACCAGCAGCCCAACCUCACCAGCCCUGACCCAUGUCCCUGCCUGCCUGUUGGCCUCAAAGCCGUGGCUCACCCCCCCUCUUCCACAGCCAGCAUCCCUCCGCAGGGCCGCUGCAGAAGUCUGGCACCACAGCCUUUCCCGGUUGAUGUGGCACUCUCGGUCUCCGCUACUCGCUGCUGCUAAGGCACAGAGCAGGACGGCUGUGCCAGCCCGUGCACCACCACAUACCACAGGAGCACCAGCAGACCCAAGCUGCCACGCAACAGGCGAGUGACAUUACCCCAGGAGCUGUUGUCCCGUGAUCGCUGCCUGCAUGCUUGUAACCCGCACCACCCAGCUGCGCGCACAGCCUCCCUGUACAGGCUCACCUCUGUGUAUAUAUGCAAAUCCUCCGUCGCCAGCAGAGACGGAUCAUCACUCCUUCCAGCUGUGGCACUGAGCAUCGCAUGAAGCCCAGGGCACAGCGCAGAGACCGGUCAGGGGACAGACCCACGUCUACUGCCUGUUGUUCAACUGCCUUGCUCUGAACAGUCCCACACGUGGCCACAGCCGAGGGCUUCUUAGCCACAGGCUGUUCCUGAGCUGCGGCCAGUAUCCAUCAGGGAAACCAAUUAUUUGGUAUCUUUCCGUAACACUGCAAAGAAGAGUCGUCCAGGCACUGUGGCCUGCAUUGCUAUAUGCUCUGGUGGUGCCACAGUUGUGCUGGAAAGGGGGAUGGAGAGCAGCUGCCUGCUGACAGAACGACGCACCGGCCACUCGCACAGGGCAGAGGAGCACAGCCACACCGGUGACAGCAUGGGGAGGAAGCAGGACACCAGAGAGCCAUGGGAGGGGGGCUCUGCAGCGCCGUGCUGGAGCUGCUCUGUGGGCCACCCAGGGCUGAGGGAGGGCUGGGGCUGUCUGUACUGUCACCUCAGCCAUGGUACAGCCGGCCCAGAGUCAGCCCUGCGCUGGGUGGGGGGGACAUGCUGCAGCCAGCCCCCAGGACCAAACUGGUGGGAGCCACAGCAGUGAAGGGAGAGCGAAGGUGUUCCCCCUCUCCGGCCCAGCUUAAUGCCACCAUGUUAGCACAUGGCAACAGCCAGCAGGGCUGUGCUUGCCCUGGCCACCUGUAGCACCCCAGGGCAGGGCCCCUGGGCAGCUCGCACCAGCCAGAGGCUCCUGGCCACCUGCCAGUGCCCACCCAGAGCUGGGGGCCAGGAAGGGACCACAGCCCCCAGGCUGGUGCAUCAGGCUCAUUUAAUGGGGACACCCCAAGUCAGGCCCCCCUCCCCAGUCACCCCAAAGUCAGCUUUGAGUACAAGUAAACCUCCAGCUCAGGGCCCAGACCUUGCAGCAGCCACAAAUUCUCUAAUGCAAAGCCCAGAGGAGCUCCAGCUCUAGGAAGUCCUUAAAAUUACCUGAGAAAUCGCCACAUCCCAGAUCCUCCAGCUUUGCAGCCUGGCACUACAGCCCCACACCCCUGCCUGGGACAUUUCUCAUAGCACACAAAUGCUCCCUUCCCCAUCAGAAACAGCUGUUUCACUAGUGGAGGGUCUGACCCAGGUUCCCCUCUGCACUUCUCCAGGGCAGAGGGGCUCAGGGCUGCCACGCACUGUCCCACGACCCACCGGCAAGCCCUGGGACUCGCUCUGGCCCCUCUUGCUCUGUUGUGACUUUUUAGGACUCCAAACCCUAGGCACAGGCUGUGCCGUUUUCAGGCACCAAGUGGCAUCCAGUGUUACUUCCUCAGACCCAGCCCUGCACGCCUCCGUUUCAGUGGUCUCAAGUGUUGUACAGGGCCAGGCCUGGGGCCUGCAAGCACGGGCAGGAGCCCCCCCAGCCUCCGCCGGGCUGCCUCAGCAAACUGAGGGGAACUUCUCGUUGUCUCGUUUUUCCGUGUGAUGAAAUAUAGCUGAGCGAGCCAGCGCCAAACCAA